GUAGAAACCAUCAUCCUUGAUUAGAGAUUUGUUAAAUUGAUGAUUCACAUUGUCCAUUCAAGUUAUUAAGCUUUGUAUGUGUAAUGUAUCUUAUAUUUUAGGAAUAUUUGAAUAUUUACCUGUUACUACACCCCCUUGGGGAGUUUAUUUUUGAUUUCAUAUUUAAUUACAGUAAACUCGUCUUUAUUUUCCAACUUAAAUUGAUUUGUACUCUUUUUCAUCCCCUCGUAUGUUCUCAAUGUCAUACGGGGAGAGGUAAGCUAGAAAUUGAGGCUCUCAACCUGGGUAAGUGCAACGAAGAGUCCGAAGAUUAUUUUAGCCAGAACGAACAACCGCUGUUGUGUGUUUUUCAAGCUCUUAUUUUGUGUUUAACCCUGAGCUAGUUAGCCGUUUAUGCUACGGAUUUGAGGGAACGCUGCGCCAACUCAACACCCGUUAUAUACUUUUAAUUUUUUGUAAGUGCCAGUUUAAAUUCAGGAUACGCUCUUGGCGUUGACAUCUAUCUUUAUUCCAAGGUAAGCGUGCCUUGUAGGUUUUACUUGUACUUGGUUCCUAUACGUGCGAAUUUUUGUCCUGAAUAUGAAUUAAUUUGCGGAAUGCUCUUAUAUGAUUCUGUAAUUAGUUGUUUAGUCGGUCAUUCUUGAUUGGAGGUUUAUUAAACUGGGGAAUCUCAAUUGUAUAUACUUGUAGUGAAGUUAAUAAGAUUUGUAAGUAACGUAAGUUAUAAUUUUGAGUAUAUUAGGAGGAGUAUUUUGUAUUUUGUGUGAUACGCUAUCCAAUUGUGGAUUUCAACCUCUUAAGUAAGAGGGCUAAUCGUAGAUGAAGCAGCCAUUUUAUUCCCGAUGGAAAAAUUGUGGUCCACAAAUAUCAGCCGAAAGAUAAGAAAGAAAAACAUUUGCUGUGGCAAGCACAGCUCGUAGCACCCGCAUACCUGCGCAUGCGCGAUUCUGCCCUUUUAUGUCUAAGAAUAUGGGUACCAUGGCUUCAAUCGGUUCAGCCGUUUAACAGGAAACGAGAGUACAGACGGACCGACAUACCGACCGACAGACGGAAAUCAUCGAGAUUUUGUUUGAUUCGGAUUCCUGGUGCUUUAAAACGUGUUUUUCGUCAAAAAAAGAUGGAGGGUCACUUUUUACUCCAAUGCAAUACCUCCUUUACUGGAUUGCGGGUUGUAAAAAUGCAAUUAAAAUCCUCACUAUUGGAGUGUAUAGAUAAAUCUGUCCUAAUUACUGCGGAAUCCCCAAUUUAAUGAAUUCAAUCGCCAGAGAUUAGUAAAUAUGGAUGAUGGCAAUUAAAAUUCCAUGCAUUCUAAAUUACGUUGUCGGUAGUUUUAUUAAAUCCGGUCCAUGAAAGUUGCCACCGAUGACACAAUUGGUGCCUGAACCUGAUCUCGGCAUCAGCAGCGAGCACUAUGGAGUGGCAAGAUCAAAGUUAACAUUGCCUUUUAUACUGAGACGGCGCGGCGUACAGAUGAAGUGAAGAAUCUUGUCGGUCUGUUGGAACUAUUUAAAACGAGCUUAUAUACUAAGUGAGAACGGGCAGCUGGUACAGAUCUUCUGUAUAGAGGGAAUAUCGCUAAGGGUUUUCCAUCAACAACAACAACUGAAUUGGAUGACCUUGAACUUGGCGCAUUCGCAUAACUCAAGGUCAAAGUGAAACCGGCCGUACUAAUCUACUAAUGCCAUCUAAGAAUAUGCAAUAUUAAACUGUUUUAAACAAUUCCUCAUACGGUCUCCGAGGUUAUCCAUUCCUUCAGUGGUCCUCCAUUGUACCACUUAUAGUUUAUUGUGUUUGUGUUGAACUAAUGUAUGGCCGAGUCUAAGCCUGAUGAACUUUCCAAGGAAGACAGCAUGCCUUGGAAUAUUUUGGAAAUGUAUCAAUGAUGCUUCCAGUUGAAGGUUAGAUAUCGACUUAAAUCUUUGAAUUUUAAGUUAUCUGGGCUAUUGCACUUGAGAUACUAAUACUAAACUAUCUUAUCUGAGUUACUAUCAAAUCAUCCCAUGCAAUUUCGAGACACUCAUACGUUUCGGAGACAAUUCUGUCCAAAUCCACCUUCCUUAGAAUAAUGGUCGACUUACGACUUACUUGGUUAGACUUCGUAAUAUUUGGCGGUCAACUGACGAUCAGCGUAUUGAUCGGUGUUUAUUUCGGAUUUCGCAAGAAAAAAAAGGACCAGGAUGAUUAUUUGGUGGGAGGCAAGACCAAUAUUUACGCCGUGGCCGCUUCUUUAGUCGCAAGCAACGUGGCGGGAGCUACUCUGGUAAGCAUUCCAUCUGACAUCUACCAGUUUGGAGCAAUGUAUCUUUGGGCACCAGUGGCCCACGGGAUUGUAAUUAUCUGCACACUAUUCGUAACGAUGCCCGUUUUUACUAAUCUCGAUUGCAGUAGCGUUUUUUACUAUUUGGAGUUGAGGUUUAAUCGAAAAGUUCGACUCAUGGCGUCAGCACUCUACGUUCCGCAGCUGAUCUUAUUCUGCCCCACUGUUAUUUAUGUACCUAGCGUAAUUUUAACACAGAUGACCGGUUAUUCGACCACCCUCAUAGCGGUCCUUGUAUGUGUGAUUUGUAUUGGUUACACCAGCUUGGGGGGUUUCAAUGCUGUCGUAUGGACGGAUACCCUACAAACAGUUCUGAUUAAUGCAUGCCUAAUUGUAGUUCUGAUCUUCGGUUUCAACACCAGUGGUGGAUUAGGCGCGGUUUGGUCCGAGGCGGUCAAAGGUGGUCGUUUGGAUGUGCUACAAUUUGAUUUUGAUUUUACUACUCGUGACUCAAGUUACAUCAUCCUGUUCGGGCAGACCCUAAUUUACUUGGUGGCCGUCGGAGUUGGACAGCCAACACUUCAACGGUUAAAGUCUCUUCAAACAAAAGGUGAAUCUCGAAGGGUUAUGGCUUUGGUGUAUCUUGGAUUGGUCACAAUAAAUACGCUCGUUGUAUUAAUAGGUCUGGCUCUAUACGCCCGUUAUUCCACUUGCGACCCACUUUUAGACAACAAAAUUCAAAAUUACGACCAAAUUGUUUCAUACUUCGUCAUGGAUGUUGGAGGGCACAUUCCAGGUUUGCCUGGAUUAUUUGUUGCCGGUAUUUUUAGCGCAGGUCUAAGUAGUUUGUCAACAGGCCUAAAUUCAGUUGCGGCUAUAAUUUAUACCGAUUUUCUGGAAGGCUUCGACUCAAUCGCCAAGCACCGAAAUGUUGCUCUGAAGUUAAUUGUACUUUUAUGUGGAGGUCUGUGCGUGGUGCUCACGUGUAUUAUUCCCUACUUCGGAGGUGUUCUUCCAGCGAUCAUUAGCUUUCUCGGUGUAUUUGGGGGACCAAUUCUCGGUAUAUUCAUGCUAGGAUUAGCGUUUCCUAAAUCAAACACGACGGGCACUUUGGUGGGCGGCGGCGCAGCUUUUGUAUUUGUAACGUGGCUGUCCAUAGGUCACUACUACUACAAAAAUAAGGGGUGGAUUCGAGAUAUCACAAAGCCAAUAUCAAUAGAAGAAUGUGACUCCAUUAGUAAUCUCACUGCCAAGGUCGAGACAUCAUUUGUGCCGCACGAAGACGUAUUUAUAUUAUACAAAAUUAGCUAUUGGUAUUACACGUCCAUCAGCUUCCUCGCAACAGUGUGUGUAGGAUUCGUCAUCAGUUUACUUACUCGUAAAAAAAGUGACAUGGUUUCGCCCGAAUUAAUUUCUCCAUGGUUCAGAUUUUUACUACCUGAAGACAAGAAGAAUCGAAAGUCGCAUCGUUACUCUACGAUAAUCAAAUCUUCAGACAUAAAACUGCAGACACUUCAAUAAGUGUCAGCUACUACGAUUGCGCGUCAUUGAGCAACAGGUUUGCAUAUUGAAAUACAAUAUUGACUUUUCAAAAAUGAACUUUUUUUCCAAAUGACUCACGACUAUCCCUAAACAUAAAUA